AUGACUAGAAAAAAGACGAGUCAUUUAGCCCGUCUUGAGCUCACUUGGGAAUUUAUUCAACUUCAAUCACUUAUUUUAAUUGAAAUUAAAUUUAAAUCAUUAGAAUUUAUUUUUUACAACUUAUCAAAACUUAAUCAAUUAUGUUCAUUUACAUUUGAUACUUUUACAAUUAGAUAUAGAUAUGGACCAAUGGAUCUUAAUUCUGGAAAUAAAUUUCAACAGAUAAAUUCAAUGUUAAUUCAUACUUAUACUCAAAUAUUACCUCAAUUAAAGUUUUUAAAUUUAGAUGAUGAUUGGGUAUUAGAAUCGAUACCACUUUCGAAUCUUCAAUAUUUAAACCUUGAAAAUUGUUCAAUUGAUAAAUUCAAAAUAAUUACUCAUUUAGCAUCACAACUUAAAUCAUUUGACGUUUGUAUUGAUUCUGGAGAGAUAAAUUUUCAAUCUAUUAUAUUACCAACGCGACUCAUUCGACUCAAUCUAAAAAUUUACUGUUAUACUGAUCUAGCGGAUGGAAAACGUUGGCAAACAUUAACGAAUUCUUUAGUCAUAUUUUAUUUCAAAUUCGAUAUAUACAUAUGUUUUAACUUUAUUGAACAAAUUCUUGAUUCAUUUCGAACAUCAUUUUGGCUUGCAGAAAAACAUUGGUUUGUUACAUAUUACGAUGAUUACCUUUUUUCUAUUCCUUAUUUUGCUCCUGAACAAAUGGAUUCUUCUUAUCAAUCAGUUAUUUACUCAACAGCACCUAAUAAUACAAUUUUUUAUAAUCAUAUAAAUGAAUUAGCUGUGAGAAAAGUUAAAAUUGACAAGCAUUAUUUCAUUAAUAUCAACAUAUUAAAACUCAAAUAUUCAAUUCCAUUAAACUAUUUAUUACGUAUAGUCGAUCUUAAUCAAGUUAAACAUUUAUCAAUUUUAUCUUUAGAAUAUUUAUUAAAAUUUAUGUCAAUUUCAAUAAAACUACUCUGUUUAUAUGAACUCUCGGUUAAAAAUGAUAUAACAAAACAUGCAAUAAAACGAAUGUCUACUUAUGCUUUUGAACAAAUUCAAAAGCUUACAAUUAGAAUUAGUGAUGAGUAUAAUUACUAUAUCAUUGACGAAUUAUUUCUUCUUUUUCUAUAUACAAAAUAUCUAAUAUAUAAAUCUAAUAUCCCAUCACCAUAUAUUAUGAUUCGUCUAAUAAAUGGAUUUGUACAUUUACUAAAUGCAUCUUUUAUUUCAUGUGGUCCGUUCUCUAAUCAAGAACAAAUAUUUCGAUAUGAUCCAGAUUUACUUGUUUCACGAGUAAAACAACUUACACAUGGUACUUCACUCUGUCGAAUAUAUCAUAUACCUAACAAUGGAUCAGAGUUUAUUAUUAAUUGGUGGAUUGAAGAACAACCAUCAAAAUCUAAUUUAAAAGCUUGUUCAUCGUCAUAUAAACACAAAAGCUUUAGAAAAUCAUCAUUGUUCAAAUUUUGUUUUACAUAA